AGCAAUUUAAAACGAAACGGUAGAUUGUAUUUAUUUUUGAGUAUAUUUUGCAACUGUAAAUAUUAAAACAUUAUUCGAAAAGGUUUGGAGAGGGCAGGGGGUCAAGCCUGUAAACAAAAGGAAACCUAGAAAAUAUUGUUGUGGAGUUAUUUCAUGUAGCUAUUUUAAGUGUGUAAACGUAAUAGAAGUCAAAGGAAGUAGGGAUUGUGGUGUUGCGUUGUGCGGUGGGACACUGCACGGGCACUGAGCGAUGUCGAACGUGGAGAACGUGUGCUCGCAGGUACUGCGCAGUGUGGUGCCCAAGAUGUGCCGGUUGGCGGCGGAUCCGCCCGCUGGCGUCAAGCUGCUGCUGUGGGACAACGACAUCACUGACGUCGUGGCCCUCAUCGACGGUCCAGCGGACACGCCUUACGCCGGCGGUGUGUUCCGCGUGCGGCUGGCGCUGGGCAGGGAGUUCCCCGCCGCGCCGCCGCGCGCCUACUUUCUGACCAAGAUCUUCCAUCCGAACGUGUCGGCGGCGGGUGAGGUUUACGUCAACACGCUGAAGUCCGACUGGCGGCCGGAGCUCGGGCUGGCGCACCCGCUGCUGGCCGUGCGCUGUUUGCUCAUCGCGCCCAACGCGGACUCUACGCUCAACGCCGAGGCGGCGGCAUUGCUCCGUGACCGCUACGACGACUACUUCGCACGCGCCAAACUCUACACCGACAUCCACGCGCGCCCCGACCACGCGCACUCGGCGCACGCCCACAAGCAGGAAUACCGCGACGUUGAGGUGAAUGCAGACCAGGGCGAGGAGGGCGCGGAGAGCGACGAGGGAGCGCCGCACCCAAAGCGCGAGUGGUGGACAUCGCCCACAGCGCCGACAGCGCCCACAGUGACCACCGCGCCCAUAGCGCCCACCGCGCCCACCGCUCCCACAGCGACCACAGUGCCCAAAGCGCCCGCAGCGCCCACAGCUGGUACCGUGCCUACAGCACCCACCGCGCCUAAAGCGCUCACAGCGCCCGCAGCGCCCACAGCGCCCACAGUGCCCACCGCGGCCACAGCGCUUACCGUGCCUACAGCGGCCGCCGCGCCCAAAGCGCCCACCGCGCCCGCUGCGCCCACAGCUGGUACCGUGCCUACAGCGCCCACCGCGGCCACAGCGCAUACCGUGCCUACAGCGGCCGCCGCGCCCAAAGCGCCCACCGCGCCCGCAGCGCUUACCGUGCCCACAGCGCCCGCAGCGCCCACAGUGCCC